UCAUCAUGUGCAGGUCAUCAUGUCGACCGCCAUUUUGAUGUUAUUGCUGCGUGCAGGCCCCCUUUUUUUGUCUGUCUUUCUUCGUAUUAAUUUUGUCUGUUAUUGCUGCGUGCAGGUCAUCAUGUCGAGCCGCAAGUAUGAAGCCAGCCUUGUCAAGCGCCAUUUUGAUGUCCUUGGCCCCGCGGGCAAGGAUCCUUCGAAGGGGGGAAAGUGGUGGGUCUGCCAUUACUGCGAUCUAAAAUUUUCGGGCAAUCUCAAUCGCCUGAAGGAACAUUUCACAAAGGGGAUUUGUGCAGUUGAGAAAUCAACGAAAACAUUGACCGCAGAGGAAAUCUUGAGAAGGAAGGAAGGAUUGCGGCAGGCAAGGACAGACUCGGGCAUGGCAAGGGACAGUGCCAAUACUCUACCUGUUCUCACCAAUUUGGUGGCUGCUUCUACGGGCGGGGGUUUGGUCGAAAAGGUGGGUGACGCCUGUGGCGAAGCAGCGGGCGUCGCUUGUGGCGAAGAGGUGGGUUGCAGCGGGCCAGGUAUCACGGUGCAGCGCCCAGCUGCAUCUGCUGCACCUGCUGCACGGAUGCGACAGAUGUUGUUGGAGGAGACCGACAGCGUCGUCACAAAGAAUGAGCAGCCGUCAAGAAGGGUAGACCGCUGGAUGACGUGCACGAACCAACCAUUCAACAUGGUUGAGAACGAGUUCUUCAACGACACGGUGGACGCCAUACGAGAGGCCCACCCGUCAUGGAGACUGCACUCGAGAGAGGCGGCGUGCAAUGGUCGAUUAAACGGACAGCACCAGAGGGCGAUCGAGGACGUUGGGAGAUUGGCGAAGAAGUGGGAUCCCACCGACUGUAUGGUGCAACGUGAAAGGACGAAGACGCCUGUGCAUACUGCGAUUGAGGAGAUUGGCCCAAGAAGCGUGGUCGGGGUGAUCAUGGAUAAUGCCCGGGUUUGUGUGAAGGCCGAGAAGUUGGUGGAGAAAAAAUACCCGUGGAUAUUCCGGGUGGGGUGCACGGCGCAUGCCCUUGACCUCGCGUUGGAGGACAUGGACAAGCGCAUUCCGUGGUUUGCGGAGACUGUGAAGAGGGGGAAUGUGUUGGGGAAGUUCGUGAUGAACCACGACAAGGUUCGAGCACUCUUCCUGACCAAAUCGGGUGGUGGCGAGAUUAAGAGGCCAGGCGACACUCGAUUCGUGACCAACAUCAUCAUGUUGCAGUCGCUGUGGGACAGGGGAAAUAUCCUGAAAUUGACUGUGGCUGCCAGCGGGUGGGUCUCCUCCCUGGUGCCGCCCCACCUGCGUUCUCAAUUCGAGGAGGUGACGGCGACUAUCUUGGAUGGCGGCUUUUGGGAGCGGGUGGACAAGGCCUUGAGGACCACGGAGCCCAUCGUCAAGCUACUGAAGCUCGUCGAUGGUCCGGGCGCAACAAUCACCAAGGUUUAUCAUCGAAUGGAUGGUGUGGUGGAGUCGAUUCGCAAGCUGGACAUCUUGGCAGACUUCGAGAAGGCAGAGGUCGAGUCGAUCCUCAUGGAUCGAUGGGCGUUCAUGACUUCAGAGCUGCAUUGUGCAGCAGCCUUCUUGGACCCGGAGUACAGAUCGCAGAGCUCCUUCAAAGACACUGAGAUCCGAGCCGGGUUCAACAUAUGGUUGUAUACCUGGUGCUCAAACGAGAUGUUCGAUGAUGUGAGCUGGCAGGUUGACGAGUGGGUGCACUUGAAGGGGGCCUUGCAAUCAGAGGAAGCUUUGCGCGCAGCACGCACCAAGACCCCGGCGAUGUGGUGGGAUGCGUUUGCAUCGCGACUGCAUCUUUUGCAGCCCCAAGCGAUCAGACUAUUGGGCCAGGCAAGCUCAUCCGCGGCAUGCGAACGCAACUGGAGUCUGCAUGAGCUCAUUUUUGGCAGGAGGAGGACGAGGAUUCUGCCCACCCGCCAAUCAAAGCUCGUCUACAACAAUUGGAACCUCCACCUGCAGUGGAGGCAAGAGCGCGGCCGUGGUGUGGAUGAUGUCCACAUUCCGUGGGUGGAGGAAAUGCCGGACGCCGAGUUGAAGGAGGACGCAGAGCAGUUCUACAAUGAUUGGGUGAAACGGGUGAAGAACAGCAUGCCGAGUGGCGAGAAGGAAGAGGAAGGCGAGGAGGAAGAGGAAGGCGAGGAGGAAGAGGAAGGCGAGGAGGAAGAGGAAGAGGAAGAGGGUGAGACUUCUGCACGGGGAGGUGCAGAGGAUUAGGAAAUUUAGGCGGAGUUGAUGCCGCUGACUGCAAAGUUUGCGGUUUCGCAGUUUAUCUUUCGCUGUUUGGUUGCACUUGGAACGAAGUAAGAACUGUGAACUACAACUUCUAGCAGUUGUAGUUCAUCUUCUCAUUAUCAGUUAAGUAACUUAAGUAAGUCUUUAAGUUAGCAUUUUGUCCAUUCUUCCCGUGUUGCAAUGUGCGUGUGUGGUUUUCUGUCAUUUGCCCAUUUGCAGUGUUCUGUUUUGCUAGCUAUGCAGUAUUUCUGUGUCUGCAUCAGAUAACAAGGAAUAACAACUUAACAGGGGAGGUGGGCAUCUUUACAGUCCCCGCAAGGAAACUACCAGGUCGUCGAGAUCGUCAAGAUCCAAUGUGUUCGACGGCCAUACUGCGUCACUCGAGGCCACACGUGAUCGAAAUCCUAAACGGAG